AUGGCUGAGCAGACCAUCUACGCCAAUGUAAUCCCUACCGGGACAGAAGUGACUGGAGAGAGACAACCCAAGUCCCACUGUUGUCAAGACAGUAUAUCAGAUAAAGUGAUGAGACAGAAGCUGAGCAGAAGUCUGGAGACCCAAAAGAACCUGACCCAGACGCUGCAAGAGGCCAAUCAGAGAGUUACGUGUCUGAGAGGAGCCAUAUCAGCGUCAGAUCAGACCCCUGAGUGCCCCCCGGGAUGGACAUUAAUCAAUCAGAAAUGUUAUUUCCUCUCCUCUGAUAAGAAGACGAGAGAGGACAGCGAGAGGUCCUGUGUGGGGAACGGAGCUGUGUUGGCCACGGUGAGGAGUAAAGACUCCAAACUGAAGUGUCACAUGCAGAGUCAGAAUGCGGAGUUCUGGGUUGGAUUACAGAAGGGGGUUACAUGGACUGGAGACGUUGCAAUGACUCAGUGGAUCUGGUCUGAUAACACAACGGAGUCCUCUCUGGCAAACAAUCCAUCUACACAAUGUGCGAAAAUGGGGCAAACCAUCUCGUUAUCUCCGUGUUCUGAUCUCCUUCCCUGGACCUGUGAGAGGAAACCCAACAAAUCCAACUUACUGGACAAAGCCAACGCCUGCUAG